AUGCUAGGGGGAUCCGAUCCAAGAGAACCAGAAGGUUCGAAAAGGAGAAACCUUGCACAUAUAAGUUUCUUUCCGCGGACCUCCCUCACUAGAGAGAUCGCAGCCGGUGAGUCGCGAGGCUACGUGGCGCAUCCCGGGGUUUCGGAUAGGGGGCUAAUCGCGGACCAAAAGCGACCUUGUGCUUGCUCAGAGACGGGGGUGGAUUUAAGAGAUGGACUCCAUGUUUCUGCUGAGCCAGGACUGACUCAUGACAUCCAUGUAUGCCGCGCGUCGUUCUGGCCAAAAGCCUGCAAUCUACUGACUGGGAGGUGCAAGGGAGGCGGUUUGGAGUCGCCUCCAACAAAUAAACUCCACAUAUCCAUUCCGGGAGAACAGAAGUUCUCCCAAAAACUCAUGGCGUUAAAGGCUUGCAACCUACCCAUGGGUUUUAAAUUUUUUGCAUGUCACAGUAAUAGAAAAGAGUCUCCUGAUUCCGGAGGAAAGCCUGGUACGGUAGAGCCAGGUAGGACGGGGUUGCAGGAGUCAUAUAGGCUACCGAAACGGAAAAGGACUAGGAUGACGAUCUGUACUUAUAACGCACGUAUUCUUGCAUCGGAAGCGGCCAUCGAAGAUCUGAUGAUGCAGGCCAGGAAGACUGACCGAGAUGAGGUGACGCCACCCGCUGAACGCCGUGUAUGA